CUUCGGUGCCACGCAUACAGUUUGUUGACAUGAUGAUGAUGAUGCUGCUGCCGAAAUCUCUUGUGCUUUACUUCUUUUUAUGUCUACAGAUUUAUAAUGUCAUUGUUGAUGUUACAGUUGCAGUUGCGUCAAUCGAUGAUGUGAAGAUAGAGGUGUUAUUCACGCCAGAGGACUGCUCAAAAAAGAGCAAAAAGGGAGACCUAAUGAAUGCACACUACGAUGGGUAUCUUGCUAAUGACGGUUCUCAGUUCUACUGUAGGUAAGUGUCCCAGAUUUACAUUAAAAAUUGCAUCAACAAUAUAAUUAUUUUGUUAAAACAAAUGGAUUUGCACACCAUGUGAGUUUUAUGAGGGAGCCAGGAAAGGCUCGAUUUUGGUACUAAACUAUUUGGUAAUACAAUUUGUACUGAUUUUCUACUGAUCAGAUCCAUCAAUGAAAACAGACAUGAACUGGUAAAUGCAUAAUUCCUCUGUCAAAAGCUUGUAGACAGAUAUCCAGUGACAGCGUAAAGCCACAAUCCUGGAUAUUUAGACCAAAAGACAACCCUGCCACUUUGGUAUAACUGAGGAAUGGCCCUGACAUGUAACCUCUCAAAUUCACAGACAGUUUAGCUCAUUAAAGUAAAUGAAUGUGCCUAUUAUUUCAGGACAAUACCAUGGUAAUACAGUGACAAACUUAAUAUUGUGUUAUGUAGCCCUACUGUACCAUAAGUUGAGUGCACCUAAUGCAUCUAUCCAUUUUCCUUUUGUGUUUCAGCCGCUCAGACAAAGCUGGACAUCCUCAGUGGUUUGUGUUGGGAGUCGGACAAAUCAUCAAGGGCCUGGACAUGGCAUUGAAUGGCAUGUGUGCUGGGGAGAAACGCAAAGUCACCGUUCCACCUGAGCUAGCCUUCGGAGAAAAAGGAAAAGGUAAGAAGGGGGCAGAAGAACCGUAUGUGGCAUAUUUUAGCCAUUAAUGUGAUGCUUAAAGAGGCCAAACAGAACCUUUGCCUCUUGAGCCGAAAGGAAGUCCCCUGGCCAACGUGGACAGAAAUAUGGUCCAAAAAUGAUCUCAUUGGACAGAAAGGGGCACACCUCCCCGCAAAAGCAUAUAAAAAAGUAAGGAUCCGUGUGGUUUCAUGAGAUAAGAUAUGUAAUAAUAUAUCAUAUUAAAGCCAACAUUUUACAUAAACAAUUCACAACUUUAAUACAAUUUCAAGGGACAUUCAUUCAAUAUUCUUGAACUAACUAACAACACCUAUUUCUUUAUUUUUGCUUAUUGUGUCUUAUUUCCACAGCAGUUUUUUGAAGAAUUUCCUCCACUGACAGUGUACACUGCACUGCUUCCUCUUGGCAUGUAAGCAUGUUGGGCAUAUGGUGCAUUCAUAUACAGCAUACAACUGAUGCUCAAAUAGCAGCUUUGCAUGCAUAUUUCAAAUCUUGAACUGUGGUGGCUUGGAAUGGGAUUUGGAUUACAACUGGUCCACUCUUUGUUGUAUUAUUCUUGUAGAGGGAGUAGCUACCAUGAAUGCAUGCCGUGUGUUGGAAUAUUUGGUAUGGCAAUGGCAUGAAAUAUUAUAUUAACAUUUAUGACUGCUGGAAUGAUUGUUGGAGAAAGAAACAGAUUAAUUACUAUAGCGAAUAAACUAGAAAUGUCAAAUUGGAAAUGAAGGUAUUCCAUCUGAAAACAUCAAUAAUGUCAUUACAGUAUUAAAUGUUUGCAGUUGGGUUUCUGUGUGUCAGUCCAAGGAGUGUUGCCAUUGUGUUUGGGUGUUACUAUUUUGUUUUCACUUUGGGGAAAAUAUUGCUGUAAUGUAUUUUUCUGGUUUAAUAGGUCCUGUCCCACCCAAUGCUACACUGAUCUUUGAAGUGGAGCUCUACUCUGUCUCCAAAGGGCCACGCAGCCUGGAGUCCUUCAGAGAUAUAGACCUGGAUGAUGACAAGGUUCUCACUAGGGAUGAGGUAUGCUAGUUCAUCUAUAUUCAAUUGGAUGGAAGUAACAUUCUCUAACAAGUCCUGUGUUGUGGGUCAGUUGGUAGAGCAUGGUGCUUGCACCGCCAGGGUUGUUGGUUCAAUUCCUACAGGGUACUAGUACGAAAAUGUAUACACUCACUACUGUAAAGUUACUCUGGAUAAGAGCGUCUGCUAAAUGACUAAGAUGUAAAUGUAUUCUAACAUUCUUAUUAGAUCAAAAACUAGAUCUGCACCUCUGGAUAAGAAAUUGUAGUUAGGAAACUCAUGUACAUCAUUUAAAGUCUGAGCUUAGAAACUGAAGAAGACAGCCUUCUUCUGACCAAUUUUAGUCUGGGGUGGUGCACAUGCAUCAUGUCUUCAACUAAAUUGUCCAUUGUUCAGAGGAGGACUAACCCAUGUUUUGUUUGUUGUUUUGUAGAUGACAUUCUACUUCAAGGUGGAGUAUGAGAGAGAUGGUAGUAAACCUCGUGAAGACUCCUUCUAUGAGAGAAUGGUGAAUGACGUGUUCCAGAAGAGUGACCACGAUAGAGAUGGAUUGAUAACGGUGAAGGAAUACAAUAUCUAUGAACAUGAUGAGCUCUAGGACCCACCAAUGGCUGCACUGACUUACAGUAUGAGAGUACAUUUGUUAUUGUUUACACACUAUGUAAACAUCAGUGGAUAUUUCACAGAUGCUGAUUUGGCUACAGAGUUUGACUAAUAAAACCACUAAAUUGUGCAAUUGUCUUUUUAGUUUUUUAUUUCAAGCACUAAACACCC